GAUUCCUAAGGGGACGUGUUUCAAGCUGGUUUAUCACAGGGUUGGGGAGCUUCCAGAGAUUUACUCCCUAUUUAAGAUACGCUUUAUUAUAGAGAGAGACAAUUUUUCCAUCCUUAAGAGACUUUAGAAAAAGUCACUAUUGCCAGUCAGUCAUCUUUAGUUGUUUAAACAAUUAAUCAAUCAAAUUUAUUUUACUAGCUAUAUAAUGCUAGUACAUAAAUGCCUUAAACGAUUUAUUUUUUUAAUUUUAUUUUUAAUCUCGUUAUCGUCCCUAAACAGUGCAACGCGCACAGAACGUGAAGGGAUUAAUGGGCAAGAUGUCGGCGUUAAUAUUGAGUGGCUAACAGACGAUCAACUAAGCGAAUUGAGCGAAACAGAAGGCCGCCCAGCUCGCCUAGUUAAGCUUAAACAAUUUUAUGACGCUUUGGAAGACAGCAAAGCCAAGACUGAAGCAACUAACAAAAUUGUAGAACAGUGUUAUGAUUGGCUAAGUGAAGUAGUUAGUGAAGAAGAGAAGAGUGAACUUGAACAGUUGCAUGAAGCAAAUCAUGAGGAAUGCCACAAAAAAGUCCAUGAGUAUUUAAACAGAUUGGGGGAAGACAAAAGGGGGCAAAUUGAGGAGAAACUUCCCUUCUGUGAACAUGUCUGGUAUGGGCAAGCACAUAAACAUGAGCAUCCGGAAAAUAAUUCCGGAAAGGAAGAAGAAAAAACUGAAGCAAAAGAAGAGAAUAAAGUGGAGGAAAAGAAAGAAGAGGAGCAUCAUGAACACCAUCAUGCUAAGAAGCGAUGGGUUCAUCGUCAUCGUCGCGACCACGACCAUUUUGCUCACGAUGAUGGAGUCCACGAGCAUCAUGAGCUCGAAGACUAUUUACGCACACAUCUCUCUUGGUUAACAGACGAACAAAAGGCUGAGAUGCGUUCUCUCAAAGCGGAGGGUGCCGGAAAAGAAUCUUUACGUUCAAAAGCAAUGCAAUAUCUCGAACAGAGUACUGGAGAACAAAGAAAUGAAGCAAUAAAACAAUUAGUUAGUGGAUGCCGAGAAUUGUUGCGUAGAUUGUUUGGAGCUGAAGCAGCUGAAGAAUUGAAGCAAAUGAGGGAAAGUGGAACUACUUAUGAGGAAUUGGAAGUAAAAAUUGGGAAAUUGACUGAGGGUUUGGAUGAUGAAGGGAAAAGACAAAAGGCUCGAGAUUAUGGCCCACCAUGUAAACGAAUAUUUGCUUUGAGCAUGGCUGUACCACCAACAUCUCGCCGUCGUAGAGAAUGUGCUCAAUGUUCUGAACGUUUAAAACAUGCAUUAAAAACACACCUUUCUUGGCUCAGCGAUGAACAAAAGGCUGAAUUAAAAGCUGAUGAGAUUGCAGGGAAGACCAGGGAAGAAACGAAAGAAAAAGUAAUGAAAUGGUUUGAGGCCAUUGGUGAUGAAUCUGAAAAGGAAAAGGCUAGAGAAUUGAUGAAGGGUGGAUGUCGGGAAAUGAUUAAGGAGCUUCUUGGAGAGGAAGCAGCAUCCAAGAUAAAGCAAAUGAAAGAAAGUGGAGCUACACCUGAAGCUUUGACAGCAGAAGUAGAUAAACUUAUGGGAGAGAUUACAGAUGAAAAGAAGAAAGAAACGGCUGCAUUAUACUCUUCUGCAUGUAAACAAGUAUUCGGAAUUAAGGCUUCGAGAAAAAGACGAGAUCAUCAUCAUGGGCAUGGAGGAGGACACACUUUAGAGGAUUACUUCAAAACUCAUUUAAGUUGGCUGGAUGAUGGACAAAAGGAGAAUCUUAAAGCAAUGAAGGGAGAGGGAAAAACAAGGGAGGAAAUGCAGAAGAAGGUAAAUUGA